AUGGCCAUGCUUACCGGGAAAACAGGACUCGAAUUACCCGAAUCCCGUCACGGUGAAAAAGGCGCAAAACCAGUUGAUAAUUAUCCAUGGAUAUGGAAAAAGUUAAACGAUGCUGGUUAUAUAACUCAAUGGACUGAAGAUGAACAACACAUUGGAACAUUUCAAUUCCGUCUAUCAGGUUUUCGUCAUAAACCGGUUGAUUAUUAUAUGCGUCCCUUUUAUUUAUAUGCUGAAUCAAAAUAUUUUCGUAAAACAACGACUGAGAAUGUACUGUGUUUUGGGAAUAUGACACGUUUUAAAACAAUGUUAAAUUGGAUUCAGGACUUUUAUAAUACAUAUCCGAAUAGAUUGAAGUGGACAUUAGGUUUUCAUGCACAAUAUUCACAUCGUGAUACAAAUAAUCUUGUACCAUAUGCUGAUCAAGAAUUGUAUGAAUUUUUGUAUGAAAUGAAUAAAACGGGACAUUUAGACAAUACAAUGCUAAUUAUAAUGUCUGAUCAUGGACAAAGAUAUUCGGAAUUAAGAAGUACUUAUCAGGGAAAAUUAGAAGAACGUUUACCAUUCAUGUCUAUACGAAUGCCACCCAAAUUUCAACAAUCGACGUAUGUUCACAAUUUAAGAUUAAAUUCUCAUCGUUUAACAACACCAUUUGACAUUCAUGAAACAUUUUUACAUAUGCUUGAUUUUAAUGAAAACUAUAAAUCAACAACAAAUCGUUCGUAUAGUUUAUUUCAAUUGAUACCAACAAAUCGGACAUGCAGAGAUGCUGGUAUUGAAUCACAUUGGUGUGCUUGUUUACAAUGGAAACAAAUAAAAGAUUUUCAAGAGUUACCCUUGAUCAAUGAAAUCGGUCAAGUAGUGAUCAAUUAUUUAAAUGACU